AAGAAUCCCAGUCCCGAUGCAGGCAAGUUAUAAAUGAAUGGCCCUGGAAUUCCCUCAUUUUACUUUGACAGCGAUCGAUCAUGAUCUCAAAAAGUAUAAUUAACUUAAUCUAUCGUGUACUUUUUGGUUGUAUAUAGGUGCAUUAUUUCAUACAUUGUCACAAGCAUACGAAGUACUUCAGGAUGAAAAAGCCAAGGCCAGUUACGAUCAGUUGCUCAAGGCACGACUUGAAAGACGUAAAAAGCAGACGGAAAUGGAUAGCAAGCGACGUGCAGCUCAGACGGACUUAGAGGAACGAGAAAACCAAGCGAAAAAGGCCAAGCAGGACCAGGAUCAGGCUGAAGCACAGUACUAUGCUGAAUUAGCUAGGAUACGGGCAGAAGGUGCCAAACGGCGUGAGGAAUGGCGUGAGCAAGAACUGAAAACUGCGGAACAAGUGAAAAUACCCGAGCCGACAGAAUUGGAUUGUGCGCUCAAGAUCAAAUGGAAGCGGAAAAAGCACAUGUUUACAGAGGAAGAUUUGCAAAAGAUUCUGAAUCCCAUCGGCAAAGUCGAUACAAUUGCUAUUGCAGAAAAGAAAAAGGGCACCGCAUUAGCUGUGUUCAAAACGGUGGUGGAUGCACACGCGGUUCUAACAAGCAAAGACACGCAUCCGUCCCUGUCGCCAUUUGAAGUGAUUGACUGGUAUACCGGUAAAGAGCCGGCCAUGGUGACCCAUAUGAACGAGGAAAGAAGACGGAUGCAAGAAGCUAAACAAAAGGCAGCCGAAUGGAGCAAUUUCAGCUCACAGCAAUCUGCACCAAGCGGCAAACCGUUAUUUGCUACGGCUGGACAAUCAUCCUUUUUCAAAAAUAUAAAGGUGCCUCCGUCAAAGUCAUCAUUUUCCAAUGCACCAAAUUUAUCUGACAAGGAAUACGAAGCAAUGACCCUUAUGAAGCUGCGGCAGGCUGAGCGAGAACGGAUGUUGGAGCAAAUUAAGCGCGAAGAAGCAUCAUAGACCGAUCAGCUAUUAUACCCUCACACAACAAUACUUUGUAAAUAAUGCUUAUUAUACACAUCCGACGUACACACACACACACACACACACACACACACACUCAAUGUCGAAUCGUUGGUGUACAGUGCACACCGUUGUGAUUCCUGUUUAGGAGAUUUAAAACGACAAAGGCAAAUAAAUUAAGGCUC